ACGAAAUUCAAGAAGGGAUAAGAGCUGAGGACUGUCUGUGGAAUGCUUGUCUUCAGGACCAUCCAUCUGCAAUAAAAUACAAAUACAGAACGCUGCCAAGUUAUAAUGCUUGUUUUAUGCUCAUGAUACCCUAGACACUGAGAUCAAUGGUGGCUCUGAUGAUUCAGUAUAUGCGAUGGGGAACUUAAAAUCUCUGAUCUGAGAAGAGGAGAAGAGAAGAAUAUCUGCAGCAACAUUACCAGAGUUGCGCAACAAGUCCCACAGCGCCAUGGGGAAGACCGGAAGAGGAGAGGACGACGCAAAACAGCCACUUCGAUCGAGGCAAUUGUUGAUGCUCUGCAAGAAAAUAUUAGGGAUGAACAGUGACAUGUUUUUGGAUGCCUGCCUGUAGAGUGUUGAAAGAUCAGGAGAAGAAAGCUGAGGACUUUGUUGCAAUGGACGUUGACGAAAGAAAGAAUUGGUUGUUCAGAAAGCCUGGUGUAUAUAGAACAUUACAAUGUAACUGAAACACCUUUCUUGAAGACCAUGGCUUCCUUUUGAUUGUUGCUAAAUUGGACUGAAGUAUUAAUUUGGUCCAGUCCGAAUCAACCCAAAUACCGUUCCAAUCCAUCUCAAUCCCCACGUCAGAUCUCGAAUCGCUGCCUUCGACCGCAGCGACCCAUUUUGCUGAUAAUUCUGCAGCUAGAACUCUACCUUAACCAGGAAAGUGCCAAAUGAUUCAACAAAGCAAAAAGAAUCGAUACUUUGGCUACCUGUGCUGCGAAUGCCAGAACGCGUCAACCGACAAAUACUUUCUUACUGCUGCUACCAAAGCUGCUUCCUUUACUAUCUUGGGUCCCAUUUCUCACAAUCACUAAAAGCCGAAAGAACGCCAAAGCAUCAUCUUUGAAAUUGAAUCCCCUGAAAUGGCAUGGCCUUCCUCUCUCUCACUCUCCCGCCAUCUCCCCCAAUUCUCAACUCCAUCGCAGCAAUCGCACUAACCCUCUUCACCAUUCUCCUUGUCGCACUAAAUCCUCAAUCCCCUUCGAACCCAUCUCCCCAAAUCCACCAAAGAUCCCUCCUCUCCCAAACUCAUGACUCCCAAAUCCCCCCAAUUUCUUGCUCCGCUCUUCCCCCAUCAAACGGCCUCAUCAACUACCUCGCGAUCCACUUCUGCCUCUUCAAUGGCGAAUCCACCUUCUCCGUCCCAAUUCUCUCCCUCUGCAUCCUCCUCCAAUUCUACAUUCUCAUCAAAACCGCCCAAUCCCACUUCUCAAUCGUCACCACCAAGCUCGCGGGCCACCUCAACCUCUCCCCGAGCAUGGGCGGGGUCACUCUCUUGGCUCUCGGCAAUGGAGCUCCCGACGUGUUCGCCUCUCUCGCGGCUGUGAGGUCGGGGCAGUACAGGACGGGCUUCGGGGCGAUACUGUCGGCUGGAACUUUUGUUUCGGCGUUUGUCGUUGGGUUCGUGGCGAUCUAUGCCGCACCGUUUAGUGUGGAUCCGGGCUCGUUUGUGAGAGAUGUAGGGUUCUAUCUGGUUGCGGCUAUGUCGCUGUUCUAUGUGUAUUUGAGUGGCGAGAUCAGUUUCUGGCAGGCUGCUGGGUUCGUUGGGUUUUAUCUCUUCUUUGUUGGGGUUGUGUUUUGGAUGGAUUUGGGGAUGAAUAAGGGUAAGCGCGGGGGAAGAGGUAGAGGAGGAGACGGCGGGAACAGAGAAUUGGAGGAGUUGGUGGAUUUUGAGAGUGGUGAAAAGGCAGUUGGAACUGGUGGAAGCUUGAAGGAGGAUGGGACUGGAUUUCUUGAAAAGGGUUUCGGAAAGAUCUCAAAACUUUGGGACAUCCCUGUCACAUUACUUCUGAACCUCACCAUCCCUCAACCAGCACCAUCAAAAUGGAACAGAUUCCACCAAUCAGCCAACAUAAUGCUCUGCCCACUAGCCCUUCUCUACUCUUGCAGCUCAAUCACACCCUUAAACCACCCCAUCUCUUUCCUCCUCCCAACAUUCCACUUCCCACUCUGGUUCAUUACCCUCCUAGCAACCUCCUCCCUCGCCUUACUCCACUUCAUCCUGCAAAACCAACCCCCGAAAACCGAGCAACUCCCUGUCGUCCUCUUAUCAUUCCUAAUGAGCGUGUUCUGGAUAUCCACCACCGCUGCAGAGCUCUUAAACUGUUUGGCUGCACUCGGUACCAUCCUCGAGGUCGCCCCAUCCUUGCUUGGGCUGACCGUGCUCGCCUGGGGGAACUCAGUUGGCGACCUUGUCGCUGAUGUGGCAGUGGCCAGAGCUGGACAACCGGCGAUGGCGAUGGCCGGUUGCUUCGCGGGGCCCAUGUUCAAUAUGCUGGUGGGGCUUGGUUCGGCUUUGGUUGUGCAGACGGGUGAGAUGUAUCCGGAGGCUUAUCAGCUCAAGUUUCACAUGGGUAUUGUGGUGGCGUUUGGGUUCCUGGUGAUGAGCCUGAUGGGUUCUUUGCUCGUUGUCACUUGGUCGAGGUUUCGGGUUCCCAGGUUCUGGGGGUUCUGCCUCGUUGGGCUUUACGCAGUUUUCAUGGUCGUUAGCUUGCUUAUUGCCACGUUUGUGAUUGGUUGAAUCCUGAGCAUAUUAAGAACCUUUUUCCAGUGCAAGCUUUUCUUAGGUAGAUUAGAGAGAUUUACACUUUACAUUGUCUGUUUAGUGUAUAGUUAUACAAUUUUUCAUGUAAUAAGCUGGCUUUUGGGCAACUCAUUGCUUUGUUGACCUGAAAAUUGAAAUGAAUCAUAUAUCAUCAGAUUCUUUCAUUUGUUUG